GUGAACAACCACAUCUCCCUUCCUCCUAUCUGCCUCUGAGCUGCUAUCCCACUGUCUUCUCUGACUCAUACUCAUGUCUUUCAAACCUAACUCAUAUACGUCCACGACUGAAUUUAGAGACUCAUUACCCUUAGAAUAACUGCCUUCCUACUCUGGCUUCCCCGCAAUCCGCCGCUGGUUACAAACUACUUAGCAAGCUCAACUUCACAACUACAGCCUCGAAAAGGUUCUUGUAACGAGAUUUUUCCCCCAAAAUCCAUCCAGACUACGAGAAAUAACCCAGAAUGCGCGACCUUCGCAAGCAGGCUCUCGAGAGCCACAAGACCGUCUCGCGCAAGGCCCGCUCGCGCGUCGCAUCCACGACAGCCUCCAAAUCAAACUCGGUAGUCGCAUCACCAGCACAGUCGCGUGCUGUCAGUCGCAGCCGUCAUGAUACCGACGACGAAGACGAGUUGAGUGACGGAACCGCAUGGAGCACCGCAUCCAUCGACGAUAUCCUCAACGGUGAAGAUGUCAAUGUUCCUGAAGAUGCAUGGAAGGCGGAGCUUCAUACGCGCAUCGAGCAGAUUACCAACCUAAAGCGCAGCAGCACCGACGGGCGCACCGAAAGCCUAAAUGCUUAUGCGCACAUACUCAUGGCUCGUUAUGCGAGAGACGAGAUCGAGGGCCGCACACAUGAGCUGGUUUCUUCUAUGCUUAGGAGCAUCAGACAAGAGACCACAGAAAACGAAGCUGUAAAGGCAUUGAAAGCGCUUGCAGUCACUGCUGUUACUCUUGAUUCCGAUUCCAUUUACGACGAUGUCGCCGACCAACUUAAGCGAUCUAUCCAAUCAUCAUCCUCAAUCGCCGUCAAGGCCAAUGCCAUUCAUACCCUAGGCACCACCGCCUUCUUCGCUGGCGCAGGUGACGACGAAAUACUGGACAUUAUGAAUCUCUUCCUGGAGAUUGUCGAGUCGGACGGUGCUUCCAUUGAUGCGCAAGAUGAAGGCGAGGUUGUGAUUGCUGCGCUUGAGGAGUGGGGUCUGCUGGCGACUGAGAUCGAGGACCUAGAAGAAGAGACCGAGGCUGCCAUGGAAGCUUUUGUAGAGCAACUCGAGAGCGCAGACUCAGGUGUGCAAAUUGCAGCUGGAGAGAAUAUUGCGCUUUUGUAUGAAAAGUCGCUUACUCCACAAGAAGAGGACGAGGAGGUUGAAGAGGUUGACCGCGAUGAUCCCGAAUAUGUCCGGGAUGGGCAGAAGUUGGUAAAGCGCUACACGGUGUACCGAAGACAAGACCAGCUCCUGCAUACUCUCGAUGAGCUUGCCAACGUCUCGACUCGCCGCAUAUCUAAAAAGGAUCGCAAAGCGUUGCACUCUUCGUUCGCAGACAUUCGCAACUCUGUCGAGAAGCCUAGUCGCGGCCCGGCGUACUCCAUGGCGCUGCAUGAGGAGACUGGUAGGGCAUACGGAUCUGGCAGGAUGAAAGUAAAGAUCAACAGGAACGUCGAAGUCAGGAUUGAUAAAUGGUGGAAGUUGCAGAGACUCAACGCGCUGAGAAGGACGCUGCAGGGUGGCUUCACGUAUCACUAUGAUCAGAAUGAGCUGGUUUCGACGGCCAUCCCAUUCUCAAUGUCUGCCAGGCGGUAAUCUCUAUGAAUAGGUAGUGGAAGGCUGAAUAGUAGUAUUUUAGGGAAAGAAGAAGAAAACAUUGUCUAUUUUUACC